AUGGUCGACGAAAAGCCCAAGGAAGGAGUCAAGACUGAGAACAACGAUCAUAUUAAUUUGAAGGUGGCGGGGCAGGAUGGUUCUGUGGGGCAGUUUAAGAUGAAGAGGCAUACAACACUUAGUAAACUAAUGAAAGCCUACUGUGAACGACAGGGUUUGUCAAUGAGGCAGGUCAGAUUCCGAUUUGAUGGGCAGCCAAUCGAUGACCCAGACACACCUGCAAGGUUAGAAAUGGAGGAUGGAGAUACAAUUGAGGAGUUCCCGCAGCAGACAGGAGGUGUCUGCUAA